UUUCUCUUUAGUGAGUACCAAGGGCUGGUGAAACACACAGGAGGCUGUCACUGCGGCGCCGUCCGGUUUGAAGUCUGGGCCUCCGAUAACCUUCAUGUUUUUGAUUGCAAUUGCAGCAUCUGUGUGAAGAAACAAAACAGGCAUUUCAUCGUGCCCGCUUCACACUUUAAGCUUUUGAAGGGGGCUGACCAUCUUACCACGUAUACCUUCAACACUCACUCCGCCCAGCAUACCUUCUGCAAGACAUGUGGCGUCCAGAGUUUUUAUACCCCACGUUCCAAUCCGGACGGUUACGGAAUCGCACCCCACUGCCUGGAUGAGGGGACCAUCACCAAGAUCACAGUGGAGCCCAUCAACGGGAAAGAAUGGGAGAAAGCCGUCAAGGGCCACCCAACCAUCAGGAAUAUGUCGAAACCGUGACUCUGCUGGUUCCGCAACACCAGAAAAGGAGCCCUUCUUUUAAUUCGGGUUUCAUUUAGGAAACCAAAGGGUGCCAUUUUUUUUAAUGUGUGCAUGUGUGAAAUAAUCUCUCUACUGCCUAUUUCCCCCAUCGGAUAGAAUAGCGGCAUAAAAACAGGGACAAUCUCAAUCCUACACGUACAAAAAUUAGGUGUAUAUUGUGAUGACCCAAAAGGGGCGUGGCACAAAGGCAACACAGUCAGAUAAGCAAUAAGAGUCCCUUUAUUAUCUCCAGUUUUGCCCCCGAUGUCCAGGUUACCUUCGAGAUAAACUCUCCCAAGGAACAACCUGUGACUGUAGAAAAUUCAGUCCUAAACCAGGUACAUACAAACUAUAACUAAAAAGCCA